UACAGCCCUGAUCGCUCCGCCAUCUUAACGUUCAGGAGGAACAAGUGCGUCCGGCGGCUUGACGACGCGUUACCUGCGACGUCAUCCCGACAUCCGCUCCCCACCUUCGGCGAGACCUGCCUGCCACGGCUCCCCGGCAUCUCGGUCUCACUCCUUCGCGGCUCGUCGGCACCGCAUGGUCCUGUGCUCAAUCUCCAUCUUGCUACAGAUUAUCUGCAAAUCAGUCAUGGCGGAUACCAAGGAGCGCACUUUCAUCAUGAUCAAGCCGGACGGCGUGCAACGCGGUCUCAUCGGCAAGAUCAUCCAGCGCUUCGAGGAUAAGGGCUUCAAGCUGCUGGCCAUGAAGAUGGUCUGGCCCACCGAGAGCCUCUUGAAAGAACACUAUGCUGAUCUGGCAUCGAAACCCUUCUUCUCAGGCUUGGUCAAAUACAUGAGCUCAGGACCAGUCGUACCGAUGGUCUGGGAAGGAUUGGACGUUGUAAAGACAGGUCGUGUAAUGUUAGGCGAGACGAAUCCGAAAGAUUCCGCACCCGGCACAAUCCGUGGUGAUUAUUGUAUACAAGUCGGUCGUAACAUCAUCCACGGAUCUGAUUCCGUAGAGUCCGCCAAGAAAGAGAUCAAGCUGUGGUUCGGAGAAAAAGAAGUGAUCGACUGGGCGCGUGCGACUGACAACUGGAUCUAUGAGUAGUAAAAACUCGCGCACGUGACAACUGUUCUAAAAGACAUCUCUCUACAAGUUUACUUCAUUCGAGAGUAUUCCUCAGUCUACGUUAUCAGCUGGACCUUGUGCAGGCGACUCAAACUACUAAAGAUGGAAUUGACGUUUGUCGGAAAGUAUCUUCCGAAACUUGUUACGAAUAAAUAAAUUGAACUUCAUUAAAAAAGUCGAGGGAUCUCAUCCACAAAAUAAACAAAAAAAGAACGAGCUUCCGAAAUCCACAAAAAACUAUUGAAUUUUCAAAACAGGACAAUACUGACAAAAUAAACUUUCACAAAAAAAAUAAAUAAAAAGUAAAAUUUAUAAAACUGAACAGUGUUUAAAAGAUAAAAAUAGGUUGCCAUGAGAGGAAAAAAAGUAGCUGUGAAAGCUUACGAGACAAGAAUAAUGUUCAGAAAAAGACAAAAAUAAGUUGCCGUAUUUACAAAAGGUUUUCAGAAAAAGAACUAAGCAGUCGUAAGAACAAAAAAAUAGCUGCCAGAACUUACAAGACAAGAACAAUCCUCAGAAAAUGAAA